GUGUGGGGGACGGACGGUCGCACAACGAACCGGCACUGUGUGCCCCGGUCGGAGCCUUGUCCCCGGCUGCCUGUCGGGGAGCUGUUUGUCCGGGAGCCCCCGCCAGAAGUCGAGCUGGACCGACCGAAAGUCCGUCGCCGGGUGACUGGCAAACGAGAGAGGCGGCAGCCGGUGGCCAUGUUUGGUGGCGGCCUUUUCCCGCACGCCGACACGCGGCCGGGUCCAGGGAUUCUUCGAAGAGCGCCACCUAGAAAUGAACGGUCGAUCACUUUGCCGCCGGGCCCACCGAUGCGACGUGAGCUGGUGGAAACUUCUGUUCUCGUCCCGUCGCAGCGUGGGCAACCCCUUUGGGUUGGCUAUGCCUGGAACGUGCGCGCAUUGGGCCUUGGCCAAUACGCUUGCAGUCUCUGUCGCGCUGUGGGCUUGGGCCGACGCCAAAUUUGCGUCCAGCGGUGCAACCAG